UAUUUCAAAACCACUAUAAACCGCCUUUCUCUCCCCCCAGAAAACCAACCCAACCAGAUUAAAUCCUUAACUGCCCAUAAACCCUAGAAAUCAAAUCAAUGGCGGCAACUGGUGGAGAAAGCGGAGUAGCUACAGAAGAUGAGAAGAAGCCUCCUAUGGAUCAAUCGGCACACAUCAAUCUCAAGGUUAAGGGUCAGGAUGGGAAUGAAGUGUUCUUUAGGAUCAAGCGCAGUACCCAGCUGAAGAAGUUAAUGAAUGCGUACUGCGAUAGGCAAUCUGUGGAGAUGAACUCUAUCGCGUUUCUGUUUGAUGGGCGGCGUCUUCGAGCUGAGCAGACCCCUGAUGAGCUUGAGAUGGAGGAAGGUGAUGAAAUUGAUGCAAUGCUGCACCAAACUGGAGGUGGGACUUUUUAGAAACUUGGUUGGUAGGUUGAAUAUAAGUUAUCAAGAAAACCUUCAAAGAUUCAAGUGGUUUGAUUGGAUCAAGGUUUUACUUUUGUUACAUAUGGUGGUAGUGCUUGGAGAUUACUUUAGUAUCUUUGUUUUGUGUGGUUGUCAUCUUUGUUGUGUGUUUAUUUUGGGUUCCUAUAUUGAUAUAAAUGCACUUGCCACAUUAUGCUAGAGAGACGAAACAAGGUGAUGGGUUGUAUGAGUCAUAUUAACAUCGGUUGUUUCUUUGUCGGGUUGUACUUUCAUACGGCCGGCCAUAUGUAUGAUUUGAGUAAUACAUGUCUGUGCAAUCUGUA